AUGGAGAACUCUUCCACUGUUACAAAAUUCAUCUUGAUAGGUUUUUCGAGUUCCGUUGAAAAGCAAAUGGUCAUCUUUUGGACUUUUCUUCUCAUCUAUGGAGUGGCUCUGGUAGGAAACUUUCUAAUCAUCCUUGCCAUCAGUGUCUGCAGGAAACUUCACACACCCAUGUACUUUUUGUUAAUCAAUUUGUCUUUUAUAAAUGUAAGUUCAAUUUCUAUAAUAGUUCCCAAAUUACUGCAAAUUCUUUUAACCCAGAGAAAGACUAUUGUAUUUCCUGGCUGCAUUGCACAGGUAUUUCUCUUUACUUUGACUUUAGGAACAGAGCUCCUGCUUCUUGCAUUUAUGGCUUUUGAUCGCUAUGCUGCUAUUUGCCAACCUCUGCAAUAUACAGUAAUCAUGAGGAAGGAGGUUUGCUUUGGGACAAUGUCUGGGCUAUGGCUGAUAGGUAUAAUAAAUUCCUCAAUUCAGACAGGACUUGUAUUAAGACUUUCCUUCUGUGAUUCCAACAUCAUCAAUCACUUCUUCUGUUAUCUACCACCAAUGUUCAAGAUCUCUUGUUCAGACACAAGCCUGAAUGAAAUCAUGGUUUUUGCAGCUUCCAUUGUUAUUGCUAUAGGCAGCUGUACCCUGACCUUCUUAUCGUAUUGGUUUAUACUGAGGAGCAUCUUCAGAAUCCGUUCCACAGAAGGAAAGAAGAAGGCCUUCUCCACAUGCUCUUCCCAUCUCUUGGUUGUUAGCUUUUACUAUUCCACCAUUAUCUAUACAUUCCUCCGUCCUGCUUCAAUGUACUCUUUAGAGGAAGACAAGGUGAUUGCUAUUAUUUAUUCUGUUGUCACUCCAGUCCUCAAUCCCCUUAUAUACUCUCUGAGAAACACUGAUGUUAAGCAAGCUCUCAGAAAAUUAAGUAUGAAAUAUACAAUGGCAAUCAAUAUUCUACUGUGCUUGUGA